CAAAUGGAAUUUGAAUUGGGAUAGCCUCGACCGGCUUUAAAAUUCUCACACUCAAAUCAAAUGUAUGCUUCUGUACAAUCUUCGAAACAGUUUUAUUUAUGCAACCAUUUACGAGUCCUGUUUUUUUUUCCUUGCUACGCUUCUCCAGUCCAUAUCGUCGCCGCAUUCAAUCUAGACGCCUCCCACCGCCGUCCUCCUCCUUGCCUCUGGCGAUCUCCCCAUCAACAACCACAAGCACCAGCGACCUCUUGUCUUCAACCUCGACGAUUCCGCCAUCGUUUUCCUCCUUCCUCUUUAUUGUUGAACACCACCACGAUAGAUAAGCUCCCAUUUACAGGAUCUGCCUUGUUUCCUUCCGCUACUAAUGGCUUUGCAUCCAAAAGUGAGGUCGUUUAUUCUGGAAAACUCCAAAAGGCAUUCGAACAAGUUGGAUCAGGAACGAGUAUCGGUUGCCUCAACAUGAAACUGAAAGUUUACAGAAGGCUGACUUCCCUCAUUCUUGAAAUAGUUAGAGCACUUGCUCAAGAGGUAGAGUUUUAGUUACCGAACUAAGCUUACCACUUAUAUUAUUCUUUUACUUCUAUAUGAUGAUUUUGUUUGGAUAUACAAUUGUAAGUUGGUUCCUUACUUGUGAAUAUAUUAAAUAGAAUUUGGGGUCUCAGUUAUAUGUUAUGUUUUACUACAUAAAACAAGUGAUCAUCUUUAUGCAUUUAGCAAUUUCAUUCCUUUGCGACUGUGUUGUGAAGUCUUUUUGUGACUGUAUAUGAUG